AUGGGGCCCCAUCGUCCGCAUCGUCCCCGUCGCCUCCGCCGCAAGGUCCCCUACUUGGAUGUGGUGGCCCCAGUGCGUCGCACGACGCGGUCUUACCACGCUCGGUUGCCGACCCGCGAGCAGCUGGCCCGCUUGGACUACACAGCCCUCCUGGAAGUAGCAACCGACUUGGUGGAGCAGGUCAGGGAAGCCCGAGGGAAUUUGGGGUCGGCCUUGUUGGUCGACAUCAGCGGCCAGACAGUGAGGCGGUGCGAGCAAGACGCAGCAGGAGCUCUGGUGGCGGGCUGGCGGCAAUGGCAUCGCGAACAAGAG